AGAGCCUUAGAUUUGUAUGAACAACGACGAGUAACACAAGUUUCGACGUCUAGUACGAUUAUAACAGAACCAUAUAAGAAUGCAAGCGAAGCCAGUUGGUUAAUGCAAGUUAAGGGACACUCUGGAGCGUCGUAUACACUUUUUCCUGAAAUAAAUUAUUGUACUUGUACGGCUUUUAGACAUCAGGUACUAGGAGAUCGGUCUGCUUUCACUUGUAAACAUGUUUUGGCAGCUUGGUUAGCCAGUGUUGAUAAUGAGAAAUUAUUACACCAACAAUUAACGCAAAAACAGUUUGAUAAUUUACUGUUAUAUCAAGUUUCAUACAAACAUAAUGCUCUCUAAUGUUGAAGAUUACUUAUUAGUUGCAAAAAUGGGAUUAACAAAUUUAAAGAUUGUAAUACAAUUAUUAAAAGCUAUCAAUUUUAAAGAGACUACAGCUAUUUGCUACGGCAGUGAAAAUGGAUUGAAAAUUACAGUAGAAGAUGCAAAAUGUAUGCAGGCUAUUGUAUAUAUUCCAUCAGCAGUUUUUGAUGAGUUUGAAUUAAAAGAGGAUGUAAUCUUUUCACUAAGUUUAAAUAUAUUAAUAGAAUGCCUUUGUAUGUUCUGGCCUGCUUCACAAGAUAAUUCAGUUGCAGUGCAAAUAUUUUAUAAAGGUACAGGUUUUCCUUUGAGUAUUAUUAUUGAAGAAGAUGGUGUAAUCACAGAUUGUUCUUUGAAAACGCUAGAGACAGAUACAUUAUUAGAUUUUCAUCUAGAAGCUGAAAACAUUGUAAAUAAAGUAGUGUUGCAAACGGAAUUAUUAAAGGAUGUUAUAGCAGAAUUAGAUCCAACUAGUGAACUAGUAGAGUUUCAUUUAUCACCAGAUGAGCCUUUCUUCAGAAUUAGUACAAAUGGUCUAGGCGGUAUUUGUCACAUUGAUUUGCCUCAUGAUAGCGCUCUAGUAGAUACCUUUCAAUGUACAUCAACGGCAACAUCCAGUUUCAAAUUAAUACAUAUUAAACCGGCAAUGAAAGCGUUAUCAUGUGCCAACAAAGUUUGCCUAAGAACCAGUAAUGCCGGACUAUUAAACUUUCAAUAUAUGAUAAAAACCGAAAAUGGGCAUACUUGUUACAUGGAAUACUAUAUAUCUCCAUUAAUAGAUACGGACGAUUAAGUAGUGAUAAUAUGGGUUUAAGACAUAUUAAAAAUCGAAAUAUGCCUAUU